GUCCUAUCAAAGCCCCAUCAUGAAGGGCAUUCUCAAGAACAGCCUGCUCACCGCGGCUGCUCUGCCGGCCUUGGCCUCGGCCGCCUGUAUCUCCUCGGGUGAUCAGAAUACGAUCAACAAUGCGCUGCAGUCUGGAGGAAACGGCGCUGUUGUCCAGCUCUGCGCCAACGCCGUGAUCCAGAUCUCAGAGCAGAUUAGCUUCACUGCUGACAACCAGGAGAUCUCUACCGAGGGCUAUCCCACGGGUAGCACGAGAGGUACCAUCCAGGUUGCUCCGGGCAGCUCUGCCAGCACCCUGAUCUACGGCAAGAACUUCAACAACAUCCGCAUCAAGAACAUCCAGCUUGACGGCAACAGGCCCGGCGCUGGUCUCUUCCCUGGCGGCGCCGCCAACAUUGAGAUUGGCGGCUUCACCACUGGCCAGACCGUCUCCAAUGUGGCUUCCAAGAACCCUCGUGGUUGGAGCUGUCUCCAUGCCAUUGGCUCUGGAGAUGACAACAACCCGUGCAAGAACGUGACCAUCAUCAACAAUGAUAUUGGCCCUUGCGGUCAGUCUGGCAAGGAUGCCAGCGGAAACGCCCAAUGGGCGGAUGGUGUCUCUCUUGACUGCACCAACUCUCUUGUCCAGGGCAACACUAUCAAUGGCCCUACCGACGGUGGUAUCGUUAUUUUCGGUUCUCCUGGAAGUACAGUCACCGGCAACACCAUCAUCUCCUCGCCUGACUACGUGGGCUUCGGCGCCAUCAACAUGGUCGACGCCGAGUAUGGUGGUAGCUACGCUGGUGUCACUGUCACCAACAACACCAUCCAGGGCCAGAAGCUCUUCAACCUGGGUAUCGGAAUUGGCGCCUACACCUGGUCUUUCAACGAUCCUUCUCCCCUCAAGGGCCCCGCCACUGUCACUGGCAACACCAUCACUGGCCAUGUCAGCUUCCCCAUUGCCAUCAACGGAUGGACCAACGGUAUUACGAUUACCGGCAACACCGUCUCGGGCGUCACCAAUCCCAAGUCUAGCUUUGCCGAUGCCUCUCACUGCAACUCCGCAAUCCAGAGCGUCUUCAACCAGAAUGCAAACCUCAUCUACUACCCCGCUGGCGUAACCGGACCGCAGACCCUCCAGUCUGGCUUCGUCGCUGCCCCCGGCAAUGCGACCAACUUCCUGUGUUCGAGCCUGCCGCUGCCGAACUCGCAAACGUUCAACGCUGGUUCACUGACUCUUGCCCCCGACACUGGCCCAUUUGCUGAUCUGCACAAUGUCAUUGCUCAGUACCAGGGAGACAACAACCUCGUCGUCCUUCAGAAUGGAAAUCCUGUUUGGGCAUCGGGUCACACCUUGAGCCAGGGAUGCAAUGGCGGCUGCCAGCUGAGAUUUGAUUCAUCAGGAAACCUGGGCACUUACUUCAACGGCGCUCUUCAGUGGAGCACCAACACCGGGGGCCGAGGCAAGACCAUGGUCGUCAUCAACACGGCGCCUUGGAUCCAGAUCAAGGACGGCUCCGGCGCUGUCAUCUGGGACACAACCAAGAGCACCUAGGCACAA